AAGUGCGGUCUGGAGUUGAUGAAUCACACACAGACGGAUAUUAGUUGUGCUCCGACAGAAGAAAACUAGAAGUAUCAGCCUCAUAAACUGUACCUGAUUUUAAUUAACACUAAUAAAAUAUUGUUUUCGCGAUAUAAUAUUGAAGAAUCAUCUAUUAUAAGAAAAAAUGUCUUUGUUCGGUAAAUUAUUUGGUGGUAAACCCAACGACAAGGCUCCCUCACCUCAAGAGGCUAUUCAGAGGCUUCGCGAUGUAGAAGAAACAUUACAAAAAAAAUCAGAUUUUUUAGAAAAAAAGAUGGAAGAAGAGCUUAAGGUCGCGAAACAAAAUGCCCAAAAGAACAAAAGAGCUGCUAUGCAAGCACUAAAAAGAAAGAAACGAAUUGAAAAGCAACUUCAGCAAGUAGAUGGAACUCUUUCCACAAUUGAAUUUCAACGAGAGGCCUUAGAGAAUGCGUCUACAAACACUGCAGUCAUGAACGUUAUGUCUGUAGCAGCUAAAGCACUUAAGGGAGUCCACAAAAGCAUGGAUGUUGACAAAGUACACGAUCUUAUGGAUGAAGUUGCUGAACAGCACGAAGUCGCUAAUGAAAUUGGAGACGCCAUCUCAAGACCAACUGGAAUAGGCGCUGAAAUUGAUGAGGAUGAAUUAAACCAAGAAUUAGAGGAAUUGGCACAAGAAGAUCUUGAUAAUCAACUAUUAGAGAUUGAAACUAAGCCACAAGACAUGCCUGAAGUUCCAAGUGAUGUCCCUGUCGCAGGUUAG